ACGCACUUCCCGGAAAACCCCCAACACACACCCAAACAAGUCACAUAGACCGCAUCUUUAUCAACCUACAAUCACCAACCACUAACACUAACACUCAUCAUCAACCCUCAGCGAUACCAUGCACCAACACCCUGUGACUAUCAUGAGCAUCGUUAUCUACUGCUAGAGUUACUCGGCGUAUUUGGCAUGGACAAAGCCUCUACCAUGCCGAAACAUGCGUCUCCUCGAGAACAGCGGGGCGCCCAUUCAGCGACUGUGAGCGCGCGGCGACGCAUUCGCAAAAGAUUUCGAUAUGGUCGGCGAGGCCUGACUGGGGUGGUUUCGAGCCUGCUUGGAUACUGCACCCUGGUUCAAGGUUCCCUGCGAUUAUAUACGACCAAAGGCUGUUUUAAUGGUGCUGUGUCCAAUCUUGCUGAAUCUCAUCUUUCUGUAGGCCUGCAUGUAUAAAACAUUUCUCCAUACUUUUUGCGUUUGUUGUUAUCUUGUUAUCUUGUUAUCUUGUCUUUCGAGCACGCUGGGAACUGCUGAUAGGAGGUCAGGGGUGUGCGCUGGGAUCUGGUCGAUCCUCGCUGCCGAUACCGGAUCGUUGCGAUUUUGGCCAGUGCGAGGUGCGAUCAGUGGGAUAGCGUUGGGAAUUGUUGUAACUUGUGAUGUAGAGGACGAUAGAUGCUGGCUGUACUGGCAAGUUUGGAAUGCCUUAGGCUUUCGGUCCUAGGCAAUUGCUGUAUGAACAAUUUAUCGUGGUCA